AGCGAGUUUCGUUUAAAAGUGUUUUGUGCGCCGUUUGGAGCGACAGUUCGCUUUCGAGUUCGCUAAAAACACAAAGUAAAGGCAUUAGCUGUACUGAAAAAUCAGAUUAAAGCUGUCAAGGCAGAAGACGAUCAAAGAUGGUGAAAUUAAUCGCUAGCCUGCUCCUGUUGGCCGUGGUGGCCCAGGCCUAUGGGGACUUCAAGUGCUCCCUGGCUGUUCCCGAGAUCACCAAGGAUUGGGUGGACAUCAAGGAUGCCUGCAUCAAGGGCAUGCGCCACCAGAUCCAGGAGGAGAUCAACGCCUCCUACCAGUACUUGGCCAUGGGCGCCUACUUCUCCCGCGACACCGUCAACCGCCCCGGAUUUGCCGAGCACUUCUUCAAGGCCGCCAAGGAGGAGCGUGAGCACGGUUCCAAGCUGGUCGAGUACCUCUCCAUGCGCGGUCAGCUGACCGAGGGAGUCAGCGAUCUGAUCAAUGUGCCGACUGUUGCCAAGCAGGAGUGGACCGAUGGAGCCAGCGCUCUGUCCGAUGCCCUCGACCUGGAGAUCAAGGUCACCCGCUCCAUCCGCAAGCUGAUCCAGACCUGCGAGGGCAAGCCCUACAACCACUACCAUCUGGUGGACUACCUGACCGGUGUCUAUCUGGAGGAGCAGCUCCAUGGACAGCGCGAGCUCGCCGGCAAGCUGACCACUCUGAAGAAGAUGAUGGACACCAACGGCGAACUGGGCGAAUUCCUGUUCGACAAGACCCUGUAAAGUGGGUGGCGUUACGAGAAGGUGGAGCAGCCCAGUCAUCAAAAUUAUCAGCCAGUCGAGUUCAUAAAGUGUUCUGUUGUUAUCUGUUAGCCGAGAAAGAGCCUUCCCCGAGGGUCCGCUAUUAAAUCAUCCAACCAACUGGCCAAUAAAUUAUCCGUUCGACUGCGCGAUCCUCAAACCAGCACA